CAGCUUUCAGGAAAACAUGUCGGAAUAUCAACAUGUCCAGAAAAGUGCCCUGAAAAUUAAGGGCGUGGGAAGCAUUUCUUCUGGGAAAAAGAAGAAGAAGAAGGACAAGGAGAGCAAGCAUCGCAUGGAGCAGGUGGCGACCAAUCAAAACGAUGAGGAGUUGAAAGCCAAACGGGCAUACAUGGACAAAAGGACGCCUGCGCAAAUAGCCUUUGACAAAAUGCAGGAAAAGAGGCAAAUGGAGAGAAUUUUGAACAAAGCCUCCAAAACACACAAGCAUAGAGUGGAGGACUUCAAUCGCCACCUGGACAACCUGACAGAACAUUAUGAUAUUCCGAAAGUCAGCUGGACUAAAUAAAGUUUCCAUUUUUGUUUUUUGAAAGUUA